AAGGAAAAUUAAAGAUAUAUCUCGAAGAUGAAACACCAGCCGAAUCCUCAACGCCACAAACUGUCCCCGACUCACAGUGUGUGAAAGUGGAGGGUGCUGACCUACAUCUCUCCAACUGCACCGACAUGACCUUUCCUCAUCAUGAACACAAAGAAGACUUCAUGAAUGGCUGUCAGUUCUUGCCAAGUUACUCCUGUCACGCAGGUUACCUCAGUUCAGACUCAAAUGAUGAUGAAGAGUGCUGUGAGCCACGUCUCCAGGCUUUUUAUAUGGACCAAGGCUGUUGUGCAGAAAGCGUAAAUCCAAACUUGAGCUCACAGAUUGAUCCAAAACAAAGGCACAUUAACCCCAGGGCUCCCAGCCGGCUCCUGACACCCAAAAUUAACUUCAGAGACAACCAGAUGGAGAAUGUAGCUUUUCCACGUAAAGACUUGGGAUCUAACAGCCAACAGACAGGCCACACAGCUCAGUUUACACCUCCUCAAACUCAGAGUUCAGAGCUGUGCAAAUGCAAGAAAACAUCCAACGAUACUCGAGAUGCAGGAACUCAAACUGACGACAACACAGCUGUGGCGUGUGAUGCCUCAACUCAGUGCAGCGCUGAGGACAACCUGUGCCCACCACCACCACCUGUUGAUGUGUCAGUUCAGCACGCAGCCACAGGGAGGCAGAGUGACACCACUGCGGAGCCGAGUACUCACACACCUUCAUCAGCGAAGGGGAGGAGUGGAGGGAAGCAUACACCCCGGACCAAGAAGAAAUCCAGGGCUGGUUCCCCGUCAGGUUCAAUAAAUGAAUGCGCUGCUAACGGCAGUUAUGGCCCGGUGAUCCCACAGAGACCCAUAAACCCUUUUGUAGAUGUGAGCAUCACUGAUGGCAGAGAUAAGGAGAACAAAGAGGGCAGAGAUGAGAGAGCACAACGACAAAAAGACCUCUCAGACGAAGUGAGGGAGGAGGUCACAUCUGCCACCGGGGCUAACACACUCUCAGAAGAGGCCGAGACACUUCAGGAAAUAGCUGACAUUUUGCACCUGCUCAAGCAGAGGAAGUAAGGUGGACGGAUGAAACCUGCAAAAAAAAAAACAUGCCUGUUAUUCAAUAGAUUGUUUUAAACACAUUUAACCACAAAAAAUGUUCAAAGUGUUACUUCAAAGUGUGAAAUA